AUGCAACAAGACCAAUACCAUCACUACAUUCCAAGAUUUCUUCUUCGUAAUUUUGCUAUUAACAAUUAUAAGAGGAUAUUUGUGAGCAAUGAAAAAUUAUUCAAAAAGAAAAAACAUUUACAGAACUUAAGGAAUAAGAUAAAGGAGGAAGCACUUCUCCAAACUUACGAUAGGACGGUCGGUCAACUGUGCGUCUCUUUAACCGCGAAAAACUAUGGAUACACAAACAUGUACAAAGAUCUUGAUCAUCAAGACGUGAUGCAUGUAGAAGACAAACUGUCAAAACUUGAAGGAAGAGCAUCAAAAACGAUCCGAGAUAUUAUUACGGCAUCUCAAAAGGAAAAUCAAAUCGCUUUGCUUAGGAGGGAUCUUGGGGAUUUACGCAAGUUCCUCUUCAUCAUGAACUAUCGAAACCGUUCUCGAUGGUCUCAAUUUGCCAACGAAAAGUUUGAUGUCAUGACUAAGUUGUUGGUAAAAAAUUUCAUGCACGAGCACAAAUUAAAAAGUGCUCGAGAAGUUUGGUUAAGGAAUAUCCGUGAAAUACUAGAUACCCCGCAUGAAGACGUCAAAGAUAACAUGCGAAUCUUUGAUUUAGAUAGAAACGAUUACCAGUUUCGCAUGAUUGAUUGUUUUCUCGUAAUUUGGCAAGCCGGUGAAAAUGAUGAGUUUAUAAUAACCAGCAAUGGAUUUGGCAUCUUUGAAGGAGUGACCGGGCCUGGGCUUUUCGGUCAAUUUCAAUUUGCUUAUCAUUCGUUUUACGUCAUCUCUCCAAAGCUAGUGUUGGUUCUCUGUCAUGCUUCGUUUCGAGAGGAAAUUGGACCCGACACUAUGCAAAAAAAACUCGGAUUUAACCGCUCGAUAUUAGAAAACGCUCCUCACCCACCAGCAAUUCCAACAUAUGUGGCAAUCCCGAAGCAUGUACCAAUUGAUGAAUAUGGCCGUAGCACUGACCGAAAUCCGUUCACUGCAUUUGACUCGUAUCUAAAAAGCAUAGGUCUCGAAAGACGGGAAGAUGACAUAUUCACCUUUCCUUUUGCCAAAAUCAAUUCAGCCACCGUUCACCUCGUAAACUCUGUCUUGCUCAAUGAGACUAAAGAAGACCUAGUUCUAACUUUCCUUUCCCACUCGUAUCUCUAUAAGACAAUUGUCAAAUACCAUAAACACAAAAACGUCGGUUUAUUUGAACACGACUUCUCGAGUUUGAAAAGGAUAUUGUUCAUAGCGUUAAACAGAACUCACAAGGAAAACUUGAAACUUCGGAGAAACAUCCUAGCUGGACGCGCAUGUGAUUGGAAAAUACGCGAGAUGGUAUCGGAAUCCUGA